CCUCAUCACGUUUGUUUGGCAACAACACUGAGUCUCUGUGAGUUUAACACCAGCUGAUAACUUCAGAUCGAUUCUUCUCCUCGGAAAACAAACAUCCGUGUUUAUAAAGCGAGCGCAGACUGAACAUCUCUCUCGACACGACGGCACCAACAUGGAGGCUGGAUUCCGCUGCUCUCCGCUGAUCGUGUGUCUGGCUGUGGCCGCCGCGCUGGGCUCGGUGCUCGGGCUCGGCGAGGACCUGGACCGGCCUCUCUUCGGGCCUCCCGGUUCUCCCAUCCAGCUCCACGGGUCUGACCCCGGGCUGAAGAAGGCUCUGCAGUUCGCCGAGGAUCACUACAACCGGGGCUCUAACGCCAUGCACCUCCGCAAGAUCAGCCGCUUCAUCUCCGCGACCAAACAGCUGGUUAAGGGAAUCCGCUACACAAUAACAGUGGAAGUGAGUAACACUCAGUGCAAGAAAUCCACCAUGCUCCGGACAUGUGACUUCUACCCUCAGCCACAGAAACUCAAGACGGAGCUGUGCAUGUUUGAAGUGUGGGACAUCCCCUGGCAGGGCACUUCGACUCUGCUCAAACAGAAGUGCCAACCUAAAGUUGAAUUCCAAGUGAAAGAGACCAACGAGGUGGAGGAUCUAUCCAUCAACCCGCCUCUCGAGGAAUCUGUGGAGCUGCUGGGACAGUUCAAAGAGUUCAUGGUCAAGUACAAUAAGGUUUACAGCAGCCAGGAUGAGGCAGACCGUCGUCUGAGCAUCUUCCAUGAGAACCUCAAGACUGCUGAGAAGCUCCAGUCUCUGGAUCAGGGCUCAGCGGAAUAUGGAGUCACUAAGUUCAGUGACUUGACCAAGGAAGAGUUUCGCUCUACAUACCUUAACCCGCUCCUGAGCCAGUGGACCCUCCAUCGACCAAUGAAACCGGCCUCUCCCGCCAAAGGUCCCGCCCCUGCCAGCUGGGAUUGGCGGGAUCAUGGAGCUGUCAGUUCUGUGAAGAAUCAGGGUAUGUGUGGAUCCUGCUGGGCCUUUUCUGUCACUGGGAACAUUGAGGGCCAGUGGUUCCUGAAAAAUGGAACUCUGGUGUCACUGUCUGAACAAGAGCUGGUUGACUGUGAUGGUUUGGACCAGGCGUGCAAUGGAGGGCUGCCAUCAAACGCUUAUGAAGCCAUUGAGAAGCUGGGUGGCCUGGAGACAGAGACUGACUACUCCUACAUCGGGAAGAAGCAGAGCUGUGACUUCGCUACAAAGAAAGUAGCUGCAUACAUCAACAGCUCUGUGGAGCUGUCCAAAGACGAGAAGGAGAUUGCAGCUUGGCUUGCUGAAAAUGGGCCAGUCUCUGUGGCUCUGAAUGCCUUUGCGAUGCAGUUCUACAGGAAGGGUGUAUCUCACCCCUUGAAGAUCUUCUGCAACCCGUGGAUGAUUGACCACGCUGUCCUGAUGGUGGGAUACGGAGAACGUAAAGGUAUCCCAUUCUGGGCCAUCAAAAACAGCUGGGGGGAGGAUUAUGGAGAGCAGGGUUACUACAACCUAUACAGGGGGUCCAAUGCAUGUGGGAUCAACAAGAUGUGCUCAUCUGCUGUCGUCAAUUAAAGCACUAAUAACAUAUUAUUAGUGUGUUCACGCACACACACACACACACACUACAGCUGGCUGCAACAUUCCACCCGUCACACACAUUUGAUCCAGAGUGCAUGAAGAGUGUCACAGUCAGACACAUUAAGUUCCUGCUGAAGCAACAUUUUCAUUAAAAACCAGACCAGUGUUCCUCCUCCACAUCUAACUCCUGUUACCAAAAACAUACCAGCUCUAAUAAAGCUAGCUUUGCUCUGAAAUGUUCUGAUAAUUUUAAUUGAAGUACAUUUAGUGUUUUUAGAACAUUUAAUUCCGUUAGUCCUGCAGGUAAUUGUGAUUGCUGUGUUUUAGGCACUGUUGGUUUUUAUCUCAUCUCUCCUCACGCUAACUGAGCCCAUGUUUGAUGAGGUGUGUGCACUAGUUGCUGUAGACGUCUGUUUUGUCCGUUUGGUUUUGUUAGCAGUGUUUGUGCUGAAGUGGUUCUUGAGAGGGUCUUUUUAAAGAAAAUGGAGAUUUUACGAUGCAAUAAUUUGCACAUUACUACAUAACUGCAGUGCAACUGUAAUAACUGCUGUAAGACAGUGAUGAGAAAUGAGUGAAGGUUGAAUAAAAAAAUAUUGGAAUCCUA